AUGGACCCUCCCGCGACGGCCGGCUCCCCCUCCCCCACCACCGCCACCACCUCCUCCUCGCUGCGGAGGCGCACCGCGCUCUCCGUCAACACGUCCGCGCCGGGCCGCGGCGGCAGGGGCAUGGAGCGGGAGAGCAAGGAGGCGGCUGAGACGGAGAGGGACGUGGAGCGGGCGGCGGGGGCGGAGCCGGUGAGCCCGGCGGGGCGGCUGUUCCGGGAGGCGCACUUCAACUGCUACAUCGUGGCCCUGCUGGGCCUCGGCGCGCCGGUGGACGUGGCGGCGGCCCGCGCCGCGCUGGAGGCCACGCUCGUCCGCCACCCCCGCUUCUGCAGCGUCCAGGUGUCGGACGACGUGAAGAAGAACGCAAAGCCACGGUGGGUGCGGACCACGGUGAACCUGGACGACCACGUCGUCUUCCCGGACCUGGACCCUGCCGCCACGUCGGCCGACCCCGACCGUGCCCUGGAGGACUACGUGUCCUCCCUGUCCACGCGGCCCAUGGACCACUCCCGCCCGCUCUGGGAGUUCCACGUCAUCAACCUCCCGACCUCCGAGGCGGCCGGCGCCGUCGCCAUCCGCAUGCACCACUCCCUCGGCGACGGCGUGUCGCUCAUCUCGCUCCUCACCGCCUGCACCCGCAGCGCCGCCGACCCGGCCAGGCUGCCGUCGCUGCCGUCGCCCCCGCCGCCGCGGCGCUCCGGCGCCGCCCCGCCGCUCUCGGCCGGCGCCCUCGCGCUCGCCGCGUGGGCCUGGUCGCUCGUCGCGCUCGCGUGGAACACGCUGGUGGACGUGGCGCUCUUCGUGGCCACGUCGUGGUUCCUGCGCGACGCGCCCACGCCGUUCCUGGGGUCCCCCGGCGUCGAGUUCCGCCGCAAGCGCUUCCUCAACUGCACCCUGGACCUCGACGACGUCAAGCUCGUCAAGAAUGCCAUGAAGUGUACUGUGAACGAUGUGCUGGUUGGCGUGACCUCUGCGGCGCUGUCGCGCUACUAUUUCCGCAAGACCGGUUCAGGCGAGAGCAGCAGCGACAAGAGAAAGCAGCGGAAGAACAUCCGCAUGAGAUCGGCGUUGCUCGUCAACAUUCGGAAAACACCCGGCCUGCAUACAUUGGCACAGAUGAUGGAUCCCAGUAAGGACAACGCUGUCAAAUGGGGGAACCAGAUCGGUUACAUCGUGCUCCCGUUCCAUAUAGCGAUGCACGACGAUCCACUCGAGUACAUCCGGCAGGGGAAGAAGACAGCGGACAGGAAGAAGAGAUCUUUGGAAGCGGUCUUCACAUAUUGGAGUGGAAAUCUAGUGGUGAAACUCCUCGGCAUUAAGGCAGCCGCGGCUCUCUGCUAUGGCAUGUUCACUAACACCACCAUGUCAUUCUCAAGCCUGGCCGGACCUACCGAGAAGGUGGAGUUCUAUGGUCAUCCGAUCGUCUAUAUAGCGACAAGUGUCUACGGGCAUCCACAUGCUCUAACCGUGCAUUUUCAAAGUUACAUGAACAUCAUGAAGCUUGUCCUUGCGGUGGACGAUGAGCAAUUCCCGGACUCUCAUCAACUACUGGAUGACUUUGCUGAGUCCCUCAGGCUUGUUCGUCAGGCAGCUUCAGCAAGAUCGUAG